GCAAAAAAAAUGCUCAAUUUAGUUUUAUGCAAGCUUAUAGUAGUCAAGACUUCAUUGAGUUAUGAUGAGUAUAAUAUAUUUAAAAUACUUUGCAAUUCUUCUAUUCUUCCUAGUCAAUAUAUAUAGAUGUGAAGGUAUUUCGUGUUUUGUCUGCGAUUUCUGUCAAGAGGUCUUUCAGUCGACACAAAAAAAAACCGGUUGUGCCAAAUGCGCUACAGGAGGAGCAAACAACUACGUAUCAAGAGCAUGUCUUGGUUCUAAUGGUAAAUUUCCUCCAAAUUUUCCAUUAUUAUAUCGAAGGACAUGUACGACAGAAUUGUGCAACAAAGAGAAAUCAACCCACACAAUCGAUAAUCCUAUCAGGUGUUACGCUUGUAGUCACUGUUCAACAGAAAAUCAAAGAAUUGUAGAUUUUUGUGGAGCAUGUGUAACUUCGGUCGAAUCAGGAAUUUUGAAUAAAUAUUGCAAUUAUACAUGUGGUCCUCAGCCGGUGGGCAAAGAAAUAUCAUGCUGCACGUCCGAUCUGUGUAAUGGAAAAACGAAAUUAUCUAUGCAUAGCAGCGCAGUUAUAUUAAUGCUCAUUUUAACUGGAAUCAGUGCGCAUAUGUUGUAAGACAGACAAGGGAUGGGAUAAACUAUGAUGAUCCUCCAUUGCUCAAACAUCACAUGCUUGGACCUUUACAUAAAAAACAUACAAAGUUUAAUGGAAACGUUGUAGACACAGUUUCAUAGAACUUCUAUUUCAUGACCUUGUUUUUAUUUUUAAAAAUCAUUCACCGUUUCAUUCAUUGUAUUUUGGACGUGCAUAAGUUUGUUUUAUUUUGGUUAUUUCAUUAUUUGAGAAUCCAUUUCGAGUAAUUUAAAAAUCGUCUAGAAUUGAACUCUACUUAAAAUUUUAAGAUAUAAAAACAAAAACAUUGUAAAAAAGAUGAGUGUUCAACGAAAAACUAUUGUUUUACUCAUUUUUCCAGUUAUCCAUUGGUCAGCGU